AUGUCGCACCUUGAAGCCCUCAAAAAGCCCGUCGUCUUUUCUAACGGCGUAACAGCUCCCAAUGCAACGCUCAAGAGUGCCAUGACCGAGCGUCUUUGCACGUGGUCCGAAGACGAUUUCAAGAAGCGUGGCUGGCCUACACCCGAAUACAUCAACCUGUACAAGACGUGGGGCGAGGGUGAGAUUGGCACCAUUGUCCUUGGCAACAUUCCAUGUGAUGCUCGUUACCCUGAAGCCAAGAAGAAUGCAUGCAUCGACCCCGAGAUUGGCUCACACCAAGAGUACGUCGAGGCGUAUAAGCCGGUCAUCGAUGCUGCCAGCGCGCACGGCUCACUCGUCAUCGCCCAGGUGACUCACGCUGGUCGACAGACCUCGGAAGAGAUCGCUUCUAUUCCCGUCUCCUCGUCCGACGUGCAGUGUCCUCCGGGUAUGGGCAUGACCUUUGGCAAACCUCGCCCUUUGACCGUGGACGAGAUCCAUGACAUUGCGCGUCGGUUCGGUUUCGCUGCCAAGGUGCUCUACGAAGCCAAGGCCAAUGGUAUCGAGCUACACGCUGCACACGGCUAUCUCUUGUCGCAAUUCCUAUCGCCACGUGUUAACAAACGUACCGACCAGUACGGUGGUAACCUUGAAGGUCGUUCGCGUAUCGUGUUUGAAAUCAUCGAGAGCAUCCGCAAGGCGGUCCCGGAUCCCAAGUUUAUCAUUUCGAUCAAGAUCAACUCGGCCGACUUUGCCGAUGGCGGAUUCGACGCCGAAGAAUCGUUCACCAUGUCCAAGAAGCUCGAAGCUGCCGGUGUUGGCUUGAUCGAGCUUUCGGGUGGAACGUACGAGAGCAGCGGAUUCGAGCACAAGAAGGAGUCGACCAUCGCGCGUGAAUCGUUCUUCAUCGAGUUUGCCGAACGCAUCCGACCACACCUCAGCACGGCUCGUCUCGCCGUCACGGGAGGCUUCCGUUCGUCCAAGGCGAUGGCAAAGGCUGUGGAAGAAAGGUCGUGUGACAUUGUCGGUCUCGCGAGACCUCUCUGCGGCGAGCCUCACCUUUGCAAGCACUUGCUCAGCGGCAAGCAGCAGAAGGCAAGAGACGUGCACCCCGACUUGCCGCGACAGAUUGAGAUCGGCGCCUGCGUCGUCCAGCUUAACCAGAUCGGCCACGGCGCUACUCCAUGCGACACCUCCACCGCCGAAGGUGCCAAGUUUGCCACCGACGCCGUCAUGCGUCUCAGGGAACCUGAACACGGUGCAGAGAAGGACCAGAAGCUCUAA